AUGGAAGUAGCAGAGAACUGCUCGGUGAAAGUCGCCGUUCAUAUUAGGCCGUUAAUCGGGGAUGAACGAAGUCAAGGUUGUAAAGAAUGUGUUACUGUUACUAGAGGAAAGCCUCAGUUGCUGAUUCCUGAAUGGUUAUAUGCUCUCUCUGUGUAUUUCCCUUUUGAUUUCCCUAUCAACUAUUGUUUUCCCCAGAAUUUUUAUGUAAAGAGUCGGUCCCACGCCAUCUUCACGAUCACGGUAGAACAAAUGCACAAAAUUCAAUCAGUAUCUGCAGUUAAUGAAACUCCAGAUGAAGAUUUGGGAGAAGAGUAUUUAUGUGCGAAGCUCCAUUUGGUAGAUCUUGCUGGAUCUGAACGAGCUAAAAGAACAGGUUCUGCUGGUCUUCGGUUGAAAGAAGGUAUCCAUAUUAACAGAGGGCUUCUUGCACUUGGCAAUGUAAUCAGUGCUCUUGGGGAUGAGAAAAAGCGUAAAGGUGUGCAUGUUCCUUACCGAGACAGUAAACUGACUCGACUCUUGCAGGAUUCACUUGGUGGAAACAGCAAAACAGUUAUGAUAGCUUGCGUAAGUCCUGCAGACAUCAAUGCAGAGGAAAGUCUUAACACCCUGAAAUAUGCUAACCGUGCUCGCAAUAUCCAGAAUAAGCCUGUUGUUAAUAGAGAUUUAGGAUCCAAUGAGAUGCAAAAAAUGCGUCAGCAGCUACAGUACUUACAAGCAGAACUUUUUGCUCAAGGGGGGCCUAUUUCAGAUAUACGGAGUCUCAAAGAAAGGAUUACCUGGCUGGAGGCUACUAAUGAGGAUCUUCGCCGAGAACUUCAUGACUACCGCAGCAAAUGUGCUGUUGUAGAGUGUUGUGAAGCCAGUGCUCAAGAGGGCCUUUCAUGUUUUGUGAAAAAUGAUGGACACAAGAGGGCCAUUCAGUGUAUGGACGAAUCUGAUUAUCAAAUGGAUGAAGUUCUGACAGAUGAAAAUCCAGAAGAAAUUUAUGAAGUAGCAAAAGAAAUGGAGCAUGCACUUCGGCAGAAUAACAUGGAUAGAGAAUUGAAAGAGUUGAACAAACGCUUGGAGCAGAAAGAGUCUGAGAUGAACCUUGUUGGAGGAGCUGACACUGAAGCACUGAAGCAGCACUUUCAGAAGAAAAUCAUGGGACUUGAGGAGGAAAAAAAAAUUGUGCAGCAAGAAAGAGAUCGUUUGUUAGCUGUAGUCGAGAACUGUGUGGUUAAUUCCGACUCACAAAUGCAAAAAGCGCAAGAGAUCAACGUGCAGAAACUAAAAGCACUUGAGGGACAGAUUGCUGAUCUCAAGAAGAAACAGGAAAAUCAGGUUGAGCUCCUAAAGCAGAAGCAGAGAAGUGAAGAAGCAGCAAAACGGCUGCAAGCAGAAAUACAGUACAUCAAGGCUCAAAAAGUUCAAUUGCAGCACAAGAUAAAACAAGAGGCAGAACAAUUUCGACAAUGGAAGGCCAAUCGUGAAAAGGAGUUGUUGCAGCUUAAAAAGGAGGGAAGGAGGAAUGAGUACGAAAGACAUAAACUUGAAGCCCUAAUUCAACGCCAAAAAAUGGUUCUUCAAAGGAAAACAGAAGAGGCAGCAAUAGCUACCAAAAAGCUGAAAGAUUUGUUAGAAGCACGAAAGUCUUCUAUACGUGACAACUCAGUUAAUCACAAUGGGCAUACACCAAAUGGACAGAGCAAUGAAAAAUCUGUGCAAAGGUGGCUUGAUCAUGAGCUAGAAGUAAUGGUGAAUGUGCGUGAAGUUCGUUUUGAAUAUGAGAAACAGAUCCAAGUGAAAACUGCUCUGACAGAGGAGUUAACCUUAGUGAAACAAGUGGAUCAGUUGUCUUCAACUAGUGCCAUUCCUCACAGUGUAAACAAUCGACAUUCUAGAUUGCUAUCUAUGUCACCAAAUGCAAGAAGGGAGAGAAUAGCAUCCCUUGAGAACAUGCUUAGCAUGUCAUCAAAUGCACUCACGGCAAUGGCUUCACAACUCUCGGAGGCAGAAGAAAGGGAGCGUGGUUUGGUUGGUCGUGGGCGGUGGAAUCAAGUACGCUCAAUAAAUGAUGCAAAGAACCUGCUGCAAUACUUGUUUAAUGCUACUGCAGAAUCAAGGUGCCAGUUGCGGGAAAAAGAUUUGGAAAUUAAGGACCUUAAACAGCAAUUGAAGGAUCUCACAGCUCUAUUAUGGCAAAGUGAGGCGCAGAAAAAAGAGCUUGUGAAGGAGCAAAAGAUGAGGGAGCAAGCUGUUGCUAUUGCCUUGGCUACAUCAGCGACGGGGAACUCUCGUGGUUCAUCUAAACACUUUGCUGAUGAUUUGAGUGAUCCCCUUUCACCGGUGUCACUCCCGGCCCCCAAGCAACUGAAAUUUACACCUGGGUUUGUUAAUGGGUCCAUUAGAGACUCGGCAGCAUUUCUAGAUCAGACACGAAAGAUGGUACCAGCUGGACAUUUGUCAAUGAAGAAAUUGACAACCAAGGGGAAAACUGGAAAACUCUGGAGGUGGAAGAGAAGUCAUCACCAAUGGCUACUUCAAUUCAGAUGGAAGUGGCAGAAGCCAUGGAAACUAUCAGAAUGGAUCAAACACAGCGAUGAAACGAUCAUGAGAUCAAAGCGUCGUGCACUGACCCUGAUUGACCAAAUAUGAUAAAAGCUUAUAUCGGCCAGCAUUUUUGUUCUGUAUAUGCAUCUUGACUAGCAAACUUGAUAUGCAUGGCUCACUGGAAAAAAUAAAUGCAGGCAUGGUGUAAAUAGGGAAGAGGUUGUUGAUAUUGACAAUUUGCCUUAGUCUUAUAUGUGUA